GGCAGUAGUGGAGCAUUGAGCACAGACUUGCACACUGCUGGAAGGAUCUAUUACACUGAAAAAAUUAGGAGAAGGCAGAGUGUGACCAGACUGCUGUCUGAAAGGGAAGAGAGCUGAGAGCACAGAGGACUGAGAGCAGAGCCUUCUGAAUCAGCAGAGCUCAAGAACAAACCAAGAUGUGGAAGAAGUCAAAGGUGACCGAUCAAACUGCCACUGGGCAGGCGGGUAUCAAGAAGAAGUCAAAGGUGCCUGGUGUCAUGAUAACACAGUUUAUGGAGGAGCUUCCAGAGGGAAUGACAACUCCAGAUUUCACCCGUAAACCCAUUGCUCUGACUAUUCAAGAGGGUAAAUUUGCAUUCUUUAAAGCCAAAGUAGUGGGAACCCCAACCCCUACUGUAACAUGGAGCAGAGCAAACGGAGAAAUACUUUUUCACCCUGCUGUAUGCAUGCAAAAAUAUGAUGAGGCAACUGAAGAACACACCCUUGAGUUUCCUAAAGUCUCUCCAGAGGAUGCUGACACCUACAAGUGUUAUGCAACAAAUGAAUAUGGAAGAGCUAUUUGCACUGUUGUUUUGAAUGUUAUUGAAGUUGGAUUUUCUAAAACCAAGGAACUCCAAAAGGCACAAGGAGAAGAAACAGUAGACUUCAGAAAACAACUAAAAAAACGUAAUCCGGAUGGAACACGUGAGGAAAAGCCAAUGGAGCCAGAGGAGAAGGUUUGGGAAAUUCUUCUCAGUGCAGACAAGAAAGACUAUGAGCGGAUCUGUACUGAAUAUGGUAUCACAGACUUCCGAGGCAUGCUGAAGAAACUUAAUGAAAUGAAAAAAGAACGAGAAGAGGAGAUUGCAGAGUUUAUCACACAAAUCAGCAGUUUAAAGCCUAUUGAGGUCAAAGAAGAUGAUUAUGCAACAAUUGAGUUGGAUAUGGACCUCAAGGAUCCUAGCAGCAAAAUUUACCUGUACAAGGAUGGUGUCAUGGUUCCAUUUUCCAAAGAAGAGGGUGAAGAGCUGAAACACAGUUUGAAACAAGUUGGCAAAAAAUACAUAUUCACAAUUAAAAGGCUAGGCACAGAAGAUGCCGGGCUCUAUUCAGUGGAUGUUGAGGGUGUCAACGUAUUCUCCACUGAUUUUAAAGUUCCUCAAGUUGACUUUGCUGUCAAAAUACAAGAGGUCAAGGCAGAGGAACGAGAGGAUGCCCUCUUUCAAUGUGUCCUAACUGCACCAAUGACUGAGAUCAAGUGGUAUGGCAAAAGCGCUCUGUUGUCAAAUGGUGAAAAACAUGAAAUUAUUGUAUCUGAAGAUAAGCUUAUCCACAAACUGAUUGUGCGAGACUGUAUGCCUUUGGAUGCCGGCAUCUAUGCUGCUGUGGCAGGAAUCAAAUCUUGCAAUGCCUGGCUUAUAGUUGAAGACCCAGGAGUUCACUUUCAUGCUGGGCUUUCUGACUGCAAAGCCAUUAUUGGAGAAGCAGCAGAGCUGGAAUGUAAAGUGAGCAGAGAAGACUGUGUGGGAAUAUGGUACAAAGAUGGAGAAGAGAUUAAAUCAUCUGAGGGUAUAACUAUUUCAAAGGAUGGAACUUUCCACAGGCUGAAAAUUCAUAAAGUCACAGAGGAAUUUGCAGGAAAAUAUAAAUUUGAAGCAGACGGGCGGAAGACAGAAGCUGACAUUGUUGUUGAAGAUCCGCCACGAUUUAAUGCUGAAGAACUGGAAGCAUUUAAAACGCCUGUCACUGUGAAAAAAGGACACAAAGCUACAUUCAACUUGCCUUUCAUUGGACGGGAACCUAUUAAAAUUCAGUGGUACCGUGAGGGUGAAGAGCUUUCAGAGGAAGGCAACAUCAAGAUAGAGCAUUCAGAGGGGUCUAGCCGUCUGCUUCUAUUGAAGCUGCAGCGCAAAGAUAGUGGUGAAAUCAAGAUCAAACUCAAAAAUGAGUUUGGCACUGUUGAGGCCUUAAGCCAGCUUCUUGUACUGGAUAAACCCACUCCUCCAAUGGGACCUCUGGAGAUUGUUGAAGCCACCGCCUCUGCAAUUGAAAUUAAGUGGAGACCCCCAAAAGAUAGUGGUGGCUGCAAGAUAUUAAACUAUAUCCUUGAACGACAACAAAUUGGCCGUAACACCUGGAAGAAGGUGGGGCCAAUUGGACCUGAGGCCAAAUACAGGGACACGGAUGUAGACCAUGGCAGAAGGUACUGCUAUCGCCUCAGAGUGGAGACUGAAAUGGGCAUCAGUGAGCUGAUGGAAACAGAAGACAUUCAAGCUGGUACAAAAGCAUACCCUGGACCUCCAUCAGCACCCAGGGUUGUCAGUGCCUUCAAAGACUGUAUCACUCUCUCAUGGGCUCCUCCUGCUGACACUGGAGGAACCAGUAUUCUGGGAUACAACCUUGAGAAACGCAAGAAGGGCAGCAACCUAUGGGGCCCUGUCAAUCCACCCCAUGAGAUGAUCAGAGCAAAAGAGUUUGCUGUGAAAGACGUGGUUGAGGGCAUGGAGUAUGAAUUCCGUGUGUCUGCAAUCAAUAACUCUGGAGCCGGUGAAUUCAGUUCACCCUCAGAAUUCGUGUUUGCCAGAGACCCUAAAAAGCCUCCUGGUAAAGUCAGUGACUUCAAAGUGACAGAUUCCACCUACACAACCAUCUCCUUGUCUUGGACAAAACCCAAGGACAUUGAGGGGGUUGCAGAUGAAGCAAAGGGAUAUUUUGUCGAGAUCAGGCUUGCAGAAAACACAGAAUGGGAUCGCUGUAAUCUGAACGCAAUAACCAUGAAUUCCUAUACAGUGAAAGGCAUGAAGUCAAUGGCUAUGUACUGGGUAAGAGUUAUCGCUACCAAUGAAGGAGGCAAUGGAGAGCCACAGGAACUGGAUAACUACCAUAUCUCUAUGCCCCCUCCUGUGAGGCCACGAUUUACUGAUGCCAAAAUAAAGAGUUUCAUGGUGGUGAGAGCAGGAAAUUCAGCACGAUUCAACAUUAACUUUGAGGCUUCCCCUUGGCCAGAGGUAAUCUGGCUGAAAGAUGGAGUACCAGUGUCUAAAAAAGUGACCAUCAGCAAUGCAGAGGGUACAUCCCAGCUUCUCAUUCCUUCUGCUGAGCGCUCAGAUACUGGAAUCUAUACAAUCAUUGUCAAGAACGUUGUUGGCCAAGAAACAUUCAGCAUUGAAAUUAGAGUAACAGAUGAGCCCAAGCCACCAGGUCCUGUGGAGUUGGAUGAAAAUGUGACUGGCACAGUGACCAUUUCAUGGACACAAUCUCCAGAUGAGAAACGUGAUGACAGGCUGCAUUACAUGGUGACCAAGCGUGAUUCAAGCAAAAGAACAUGGAACACUAUUGGAGAUCGAAUCUUCAACAAUAGAUUCACAGCAUGUAACAUAAUGCCAGGCCGAGAAUACCAGUUCAGAGUCUAUGCCAAGAACGAUAUGGGCUCUUCUAAACCCUCUGAAUCACCUAAGUGGCUGAUUCCUGCCAAAAAAGAAAAGUUCACUGUGAGAAUGCCAGAGUCAAAGCCCUGUAAUCUCCAAUGUCCUCCCAAGUUCAUUGUCUCACUGAAAAUGCACACAGCUCCCGAAGGGUAUGAAUGCUAUAUGACUUGUGCUAUAAAGGGGGAUCCAACACCUCAUGUAACAUGGCUCCGCGACAAUGUCAGUCUGAACACAAACACUAACUACUUAAUUUCCAACACCUGUGGAGUGUGCUCUCUGCUCAUAUUGAGGGUUGGAUCUAAAGACACCGGAGAGUAUAAGGUUGUUGCAGAAAACUCUUUGGGACGGGCAGAGUCUUCAACUAAACUCACAGUCAGAGAAUAAAUGAACACAGCGAAGAUGGAAGAAUUCCUUUAAAAGGCCAGCGUAAAUCAAGCUGCUGGGAACUGACAUGCCAUGUUUGGAGUUAAGCGAGCCCUGGCAUGUGUAGAAUGAUACUUUUUUUUUUUUUUUAAUUAUGCUAGUGAUGCCUUCUUUAUUUGAUUCACAAAUUCCAAAAACAUUAAAAGUAACAAAGCCUUAGGCCUGCAAAUAUUGCUUAAGUAAAAAAAAUCAGCAGCAUGUUGUGUUUGUUUUGAUUUCAACACUGUAGCAUUAAUAACAGAUUUAAAUAGAACUGUAUAAAACUAUAUACAGUAUUUAACUGCAUAGCAAUAAGUUAGUAUUUAAAGCUAUUAGUCUAAAGCUGAUAAAAAAAAUACUUUUGUCUUAAUUGAUUUUUAGAUGUAAGACAAUUUGACUGGUAUUGCAGCUGUUUGUAGACAAUAAUAAAUUGAAUCCCCCAAAUGAAAUUAAGAUGAGAAAAUAUAUGAGCUGUCAAGAUAUUUACAUGAUACUGUUACUGUUGUCAUAAAAUGACAAUA